AUGCUAUCUGGUUUACAUUCUUUACCAAAAAACUCAUCAUUUGAUGGAACAACUCAUUCACGAUUACGAAAAAAUAGUAAAACUUCAUCUGAAGAAGAAUCUUCUCAAAAAUUAACUAAAAUGUUAAAUGGUAAACUUAAUAAACAAGAAAGAUUCGUUAGUGAAUAUGAUAAUAUCUUAAAAAGACGUAGUCAACUGGAAUCAGCUCAUGAUAUUUUCAUUCAACGACUCCUUCGAGAAGCAACAUCGACUAGACGACAACAACGACAACAACGACAGCAGCAACAACAACAACAACAACAACAACAACAACAACAACAACGAUUAUCUACUACAAGUAGUAACAAUUCAUAUGAUGCAGAUAGAGUAUUCCGAGAUGAAAAUAAUGAUUGGCUUUUUGAAAAAAUUUUACAAAAAUUCGAAGAUAUUCGUUCAAAAAGACCUCAUGAACCUAUAAGAUCUCAAUCACAUGAUGUUGUUUAUGGGGUUGAACGUAUUGUUGAACGACGUUAUUAUGUUAAAAAACCAAAAGCAGUAUCAAAACGUAAUCAAAUAACAUCAACAGAUGAUUUUAAAGAAUAUGAAAGAAAAAUUCGACAAUUAUCAGGUGAAUCAUCAGUAACAGAAGCAACAACAGUAACAACAGCAACAUCAUAUUCUCAAUGUUCAUCAUCAACACCAACAUAUGUUGAAAGUCUUCGUAAUCAAUCAGUUUUACUUCGAGAUGAAAUAAGUGAAUUAAAAGAUGAAAUUCAACAACUUCAAACAUCUCAAAAAGAAUUUUUUGAACAACUUAAAUUACAAUCUCAAUCAAGCAUAAAUUCUACAACAGCAUCACAAAAUUUAGUUCGACAAAAUGUUGUACCAUCUAAACCAUCAUCAGAAAAAAAACCAUUAUUUGUAAAUGUACCAUUACCUUCAACUAAUGGUCAACGGUCUCGUUCGGUUUCAACUGAAUCUAUAAUGACAUCCUCAAGAGAAACUACUCCAAAUUCUGAAUUGACUCUUGAAUCUACUAGCAAACCUAUUCUUUCUUCAUUGAAUGCAACUGUUACACCAGCACUAACAAUAUCUGAAUUUAUUGCAACGAAAAAUUCAUCAAUUCCACCAAUACCACCAGUAAAUGCACGCGUCAAUUCAAAAACUUCAUUAGCUAAAUCAGCAUCAUCAAUUUCUGAAUUUAUUGUAACAAAAAAUCCAUCCAUUGUAUCACCAGUACCAGUGAAUGUAUAUAUCGGCUCAAAACCUCCAUCAGUACCAUCAUCAAUGACUACAUAUACUGGUUCAAAACUUCCAUCAAUUGCAUCAACACCACCAGUAAACACACGCAUCAGUUCAAAAUCUUCAUCAAUUGCAUCAACACCACGAAUUUCUGAAUUUAUCGAACCGAGAAAUGCAGCCUUUGCAUCAACAUCAACAAUGAAUGAAUACGUCAGUUCAAAACCUCCAUCAGUACCAUCGACAACGCCAGUAAACGCACGUGUCAGUUCAAGACCUUCAUCAACUGCAUCAACACCACGAAUUUCUGAAUUUAUCGAAACGAAAAAU